AUGAAGGAACAAGUGGACGGAGCUGGCGAACAUGGCGGUACUCAUUUUGACGCCCCAUAUCACUUUAAUAAAGAAGGAUGGAAGGUGCCUGACGUCCCAAUUACUAGACUCGUCGCAAAAAGUGCCACAAUUGACUUAAGGCGCACUGAAACUAAGUCACUUGCGUCAAAGCAUUUGGAAAACUGGAAGCGCCAAAAAGGCGUAUUUCACACUAACACUUUUCUGAUAAUAAAAUUCGGUUGGUCGAAGUACUGGAACAACAGAAACCAGUACAUUGGUAUAGAUGUUAACGGAAACAUAGAUUUUCCUGUGAAGGUGUUUCCACCGCAGGCCGCAACCUGGAUUGUCAAUUCUGGGAACAUUGUGGGAGUUGGUCUGGAUGCUGCCAGUGUGGAUCCUGAAGAUAGUUCAGAAUUCAUGACAGAUCGCAUUUUGACUUUUGGAGGAUUUGCCAGAAAAGGGAUUCAGUAUGUUGUUGUUUUAUCCAUGAAACUGAAGGAUGGUACCGGAACCCCUGAAAGAGGUCUAGCGGUACUCACGAAUUAUUUAUAA